AAUACCUAUUUAUCUGUCAAUAGUAAUAUAUGGUUUGUGUAUAAAUUAUGUUAUGGUCAUAUGGACACGAAAAAUCGCAUUUUAGGGUUUUCUACAAAAACAUGAUAAGGGUUGGUAUUGGGACAAGUUGAGUUAAGAGAAAAAAAUAAUACAAAAACGACUUUAAUUGGCUUAAUUGAAGCAAUUAAUUAAUACAGUAUAAGGCAGAAUAAUAAUUAUCAGCUGCCGACUAUAGUUUAACCAUCGUGCUUCUUCAAACUUAAUGAGAAUGGCGUCUUUCGAUGUUUUUGAUAAGAGCAGUUGGUAUUUUGGCUCAAUGAGUCGAACUGAAGCCACAGAUCUCUUGAUGAAGGAGCGAGAAGGUGGAGUGUUCUUAGUGAGAGACAGUACAACGAUUCUGGGGGACUAUGUGUUGUGUGUUAGAGAGGACACAAAAGUGAGUCACUACAUCAUCAAUAAAAUUCAACAAGGCGAUCAAAUUGUAUUCCGAAUAGGUGAUCAGUCAUUUUCAGAUCUUCCCGAGCUGCUUGCUUUUUAUAAGCUUCAUUAUCUUGACACAACACCUUUGAGGCGUCCAGCUCAAAGAAAAGUAGAAAAAGUGAUUGGAAAGUUUGAUUUUGAUGGAAGUGAUCAAGACGAUUUACCUUUUAAGAAAGGCGAGAUAUUGUACAUAAUAAGUAAGGAUGAGGAUCAAUGGUGGACCGCUAGGAAUUCAGUUGGUCAAACUGGUCAGAUUCCAGUUCCUUACGUUGAACUAUAUGAUGAAGGUUCGCGUGCGAGUGGAGGUUUCUCAAACACAGCAAGAGCUUCAUCAGAUGGAACAUUUAAAAAGACUAAUCUCAAUAGGAAACUCCCAGCUUAUGCUCGUGUAAAGCAAGCGCGCGUACCGAACGCUUAUGAUAAGACAGCAUUAAAACUUGAGGUCGGUGACAUUAUAAAAGUGACGAAGAUGAACAUAAAUGGUCAAUGGGAAGGUGAGCUUAGAAGUAAAGUUGGAUUCUUUCCAUUUACACACAUCGAAUUCUUAUCGAAUGACGACGAGGAAGAGAACUUCAACGGCAAUCUCAUUGGUGAAGAAGAUCGUGGAUGGGGUGAUUAAGAGAUAAUGAACUUUUAGAUAUUUUUAGUGUAUUCGUUUGAUUUAAGUUUAAUGUCGAUUUUAUUUUAGAUUUUAGUAUAACUUUUUCCUUUGACUUUUCUUUAAUUUUGGAAUGAUUUUCAUUUACUUUGCUUAACAAUUUAAAGACUUUAUUUGUGUAUUAAGAAAAUCAAAAGAAACAUUUAGGUAUUUUGAAAAAAGAAAUAGAUUUCAGAUUAACGACGUUAAAAAAUGUCUUUCAAGUGAAUGAACGUUAGUUUUGAGACAAUGAAAGUGAAUAUAUUGCAUACUAGUGUGUAAGAAAGUUAAAAAAAAAAAGAAAACUGAAU